ACACACACACACACCUCGACAACACAAGCUUUCCCUUCCUCCUUGUUUACUGCUCAGCUUCCAUCUCAACUCUUCCUCUCUCCGUCUCUCUCAACAGGAGGGCAGAGGAGGGGGAGGAGGUGGUGUGCACCGUCGAGGAGUUUCCUUGUCGUCAUGACGACCUCACACCCCACCAUCUCCAGAUCUGUCUUCCUGUUGCCACGGUGACCUGAUCGUGUUCCAUCUCCGCUCUUCUUAAUGAUCCGGAUCGGGCUGUGAUAGGAGAGCGACCCUGGAGCGCCGUCUUCUCUUCCCUGAACGCCGCUCGUGGAUGGGACAGCGAGUCACGCACAGGGACGAGGAUCUGAGGACAGGAAGGUGCGACACGCCGGGAAUGCUGUGGAAGUAACGGCGGAGGGUUGCCUGGAAACAGCAGCAUGCCAGUACAGCAGAUAACUGUGGUGCCGGCCAAGGAGACGGCCAGCAACGGCAAGAGUGCUCCUCGCUCCAAAGACAAAAACGAGGGAAGGAAAGCUCCCGGGCGCUCAGGGAGUCGAUCCAGCAACAUCUCCAAGGCCAGCAACUCUACAACAGGAGUCACCACAGCCUCAAAGACGUCGAUCAGCCCGUCUUCUCAGGACAUAUGCAGCUCUGGCCAGCUGACGCGUUUAGAGGAAGAUGCUUCUGAAUCACACAAACACAACAAGCACGCCUCUGAGAUGACGGUCACCAGCACAGCUCUGGGCUCGUCGGCUCAAGCCCAGAAGAAGCAGGUGAAGCGCCGCCAUCGCCACAAGAAGAGCAGCUGCUCCGCCGUGGACUGCGUGGAAACCAACGGCAAACAGGAGCAGACAGACCGCAGUGACCGCAGCCACAGCUCGGACCGCAGCGAGCGGGGGGAAAAGAGGGAGCGUUCUUCUAAGAACCGAAGGGAGCUCCCACCUCGCCUCCGCUGCACAGGGGCCCAGCAGUCCGACUCCUCCACUGAGGACGAGGCGGGCCGUGAAGCCCGCAGCUGGAGCAAGGAGAAAGCCAGAAGAGUGCGCAGCCGCGAGAGGGAUGGGGCGAACAGGGGUCAAGAAGGCGAAGACAAAACAGAAGUCAUGGAGCUGCAGUCGGUGGGCUCAGAGGAGGGGAAGGAGAACCAGCCUCUGGCGGAGGAGAGCGGAGGCCUCAAGAAGCGGCACAGCAGCCAGGGCUCGAUCAAGAGAGAUGACUCCCCAAGCCGAGAUAAGGAGAAGAGUUACAAGUCCCAAAGCCCAGAAGGCAGCUCGUCACUGGCAGAGGACGCAGAGGAGCUCAUCACCAAGAGAUACCAGGAGAAGGGGUCGGGGGGUGGAGACAUGUCAGUGCCCACGCCACAGAACCACUGUGGUGUGAAUGGAGGCGUGCCACGACUCUACUCUGUCGACUCUGAGACGGAGGUCUGCAGGAUCUGCCACUGCGAGGGGGACGACGAGUUCCCCUUGAUCAUGCCUUGUCGCUGCACAGGGAGCCUGUGCUUCGUCCACCAGGCUUGUCUCAACCAGUGGAUCAAGUCCUCAGACACUCGCUGCUGUGAACUCUGCAAGUUUGACUUCAUCAUGGAGACGUCGCUCAAACCGCUACGCAAGUGGGAGAAACUACAAAUGACGAAGGGCGAGCGGAGAAAGAUCUUCUGCUCAGUGUUGUUUCACCUGAUAGCGAUAGCGUGCAUGUUGUGGUCAGUCUACACACUGGUCAAGAGAACCGCUGAAGAGAUCAGACUUGGGAAGGACGACGAAUUAUGGAGAGUUUCUCUUCUGAAGUACUAUUCGGCACAGGGUGUGCUGGAGUGGCCCUUCUGGACCAAGCUGAUCGUUGUAGCCAUCGGCUUCACCGGCGGCCUCAUCUUCAUGUACAUUCAGUGCAAGGUCUACAUGCAGCUGUGGCGCCGCCUCAAGGCCUUCAACCGCAUCAUCACCGUUCAGAACUGCCCCGAGAAAGACCAGCACCACCCGCAGAGCCACGCCAGCACCCUCAUCAACGGCAGGCACGAAACCGUGGAGGUCCCGGUCAGCCCGGCCCCCGUCCCGGCUCUGCCUGCACAGGUGGACUCAGACAUGUCAGUGGAGGCUGCUCUGGCACCGGCACACAACCCCGUCUGACCUCAUCUCCUCUCUGGUACACAAGAGUCCUGAAUCACGCCAUGCUCUUCUAACUCCACCAGCGGCGGUGACCAUGGUGUGAUUUAGACUCGUACAGUGUGUUGUGGUUCUCAUGUGAUCACUGAUCUUAAAACGCGGCAGACAGAUUUUAUGUUAAAGAACUUCUCCUGUUCCUCAGUGACCACAAACUGAAACACUGAAGACACGGGUGAGGGGAGGAGAUGUAAAGGGAAUAAAGCCAUCAGCAAGGACAGUGUGCAAAGACCCUAUGUGGUGUCCCGACACCUUUUUAUUCCUGUACGCAUUUUUCAAAAAAACUGCUCUGACUCGUGUUGAAGGUGGACGCUGUUCCCCAGAGGACUCAGGAUGUUUCAGAUGGACGACAUGUCUGAUCCGUCCUGAACACUCAGAAGCAGCCGUCAGAGGUGAGAUGCAGGGAAUUGUUCAAAUGCAAAAAGCUUUUUCCACACUUAGUGUUCCACUCAUUUAUAUGUAAGAUAAGUAGUAGAAAAAAAGCAUUUGAAAUCCUGCCUCCUCGUUCACAUCUGGAUUUAUCUUUGUGUGUAGGGGCAGAUGUAGACAGUGGACACACAGGCUGCACAGUAACUGACACGUUACAUGUGCACACAAAGUAAAGACUUGAUGUUGAUAUUUUCUGAUGUAGCCACCUCACGUCUCUUCAUUGUCUUUCACACGAGUGAAGAAGGGAAACAAGAGUUUGAGAUGUUUGAGAUGUUUAAAGUAACACACACACACACACACACACACACACACACACAACACACACACACACACACACACACACACACACACACACACACACACACACACACACACACACACGAUUUUUAGACGUUGUUAAAAACAAAGGUUUUUGUUUGAAGCACUGACGUCUUCUCUCCCUUUGGACAAUCAGGUCUUCAGACACCAAAGUGAUAUAUUAUAAAUAGAGGAAACUAUUUUAACAGUAUCUUUAGUUCAAGCUAAAUAUUUAAAAAAUUUGAUGUUUUGAAGUUAUUGACCGACAGAUAAAAGUUAUGAAUUUGUGAACCUCCAGUAGCGCGGUGACGUUUUCCUCCGACAGUUUGAAGUUUCACUUGCUUUUGCGACGUCUGUCACUUACACAUAGUUCGAGCUUUCACUGUUGCCGUUGGUUCAUGUUUUACUUUGGGUUGUAACAGUGACUGAGCCUCGUCCACUUUUCUACAGUUUAAUUUGGUUUUUUUAACCAGAGUCACACAAAGUCACGAAAAAUAAAAUGUUCUCUUUCUUUUGUCUUAACUCCACAGUAAAGCACUCAACAUCUUUGUGAAAAUGUUUUUUCUAUCUCUUACUGGAUAAAAUGGAUUAUUCAGGUUACAUAUGAUGCAUAUUGUUUCUGUAAUAAACACUGACUGUAGAACCCUCA